CCAAACAUCACCUGGCUCUUCUCACUUGUAUCUCCGUUGCUCACACUCAACUCCUGUCAACGCCAAUCCUCAACGUCUGAGUGACUAAUCAUCCUUAUCAUCCAAUUCCUGACAACAUUUACUCAUUUCACUCUACUUGAUCCAUUGUUAGUCAUCAACCUCACUACUCGCUGCUUAACUCCCUGGCUCUGUCUAUGUGACCUAUCGACCUCACCAGUCAGCUUCAGAAAAAAUAGCUUAAUUCCCACACGUUCCUGACAUCCACCACCUCACCACCCAUCCAGCUCCAAGCUACAUCUCUCAGUUCACCUGGUUGUCCGCUUGGCAUGAUCCUCACUAAUUAGUUCCUCACAUCAAUUCGCUUCAAGUCGCUCUCCUUCUUGUUGCCAGUCACUCAAAGUAUAAUGUUUGCCAAGAAUAUUAUUUUUGCAGUGUGUGUGGUGGGCACGUGUCUCGCCCUCCCGAGGACAAGGCGAGACUCAUCACCAGAAGAGUACGAGCUGCCGGGCAACGCUACAGCCAUUCUUGUCAACCCCCUGCAGACUGGCUUCACGUGUGGGCAGCGGAUAUACGGUUAUUAUGCCGACGUGGACAACGGAUGCCAAGUGUUUCACGUGUGUCAUCCCUUCGUUGACGUUGACCUACUCAUCAAGAUGCGGAUGUUCUCAUUCAUCUGUGGCCAGGGACUUGUCUUCGACCAGGAGAAGCUGGUGUGUGACUUCCCCGAGAACUCCGUGCCGUGUGAGGCCGCUGCUCAGUUCUACGACAUAAACAAUUACUUCGGCCGCGUUGACCUGAACUUUAGGGAGGGGGAGACACCAUUAGCCCCAACAUCCACAGAUUUCCAGGUUCAAACCUUCUCGGAGUUGAGUCAAAGUUUUCAGUAGAGAACUGCACCGAGAUGCCCUCUCGAGUGCCCUAAUAAGACUGGAAAACAAUAUUUUUAUUGCAAUAAAAGGCAAAACUUCAGAAGGAGAGAGCAGUUUUAUGGAGGUUUAGCUAAAAUUUAUCACUGAUCAUAACACCACUAUGGUCAAAGGUAUUUACUACAACUGAUCUAACAUCACUGUCUUCUACCCAAAAGUUACUGCAGUGCUAAUGACGUAAUCUUGAAUAUGUUGGAACAUUUUCUUGGUAUUUUUGAUAGCGAAGAAGUCCCCCAAGUAACUGAGAGAGAAAAGAUUGAACGAAAGCAUUGUACAAGUAAUUUGAAGAAAUAAUGAUCUUUAUAUAGAAAGAAAGUAAUGAUUCCCAGAGUGUAUUACAUUCAUUGAAACUCAUUUACACUUGAGUCAUGUCUGAGUUGGUUUGAGUCGCUGUGUUGACUUAUCGGGUUAGUUUAAGUAUAGUGGGCUGGUCCUACUUUAGUUACUGUUUUGUAUCUGAACUUGUUGUUUUAAGUUAGGAUGUGUCAACUUGUUUGUGAUCUUUUAUUGAAUUUGGCUUCUACAUGUUUAUGUUGUGAGGGGCAUCUUAGUAAAGAUACAGUAUUUGUUCA